AUGGAGAAGGUGUUGUAUGCCUCUCGACAACUGCAAGGGGCUGCACAGGAGUGGUGGAAGUCCUACCAAUAUGGACGCCCAAACAAUGCACCGCCUGUCACUUCGAGGGAAUUCACCGAGAGUUUUCGGUCCUACCACAUUCCAGAGGGGCUCAUUGAGCUCAAACAGGAGGAGGUCCGUGCUCUUAAGCAAGGCUCUAUGACUGUCAGUAAGUACCGUGACAAGUUUGCUCAAUUGUCAUGUUACGCCCCGGGUGAAGUAGCGAAGGAUUCUGACAAGCAGCAUCAUUUCCUGAAAGGACUGUAUGAUGGCCUGCAACUGCAGUUGAUGUCCAAUGUUUACCCCAGCUUCCAGGAACUUGUGAACCGCGCUAUUGUGAUUGACAAAAAGCGCAAAGAGAUGGAUGCUAAGAAGAGGAAGAUUCAGGGGCAAGCAUCUAGUAGCAACACUCGUCCGCGCAUGUUUCCUCAGCAGGGCUUUCCUCCCAGGAACCAGAGGCCCCCUAGUCAGUGGAAUCAGGGCCACUACCCUCCGCCCAACCAAAACCAGAACCAUCAGCAUCCCCUGUACCAGCAACAGUUUGGUAAUCAGCAACCCCAGCAGCAAGCUAACCCCCAGAUGAAGCAACAUCGGGCAGUGAUUCAGUGCCAGGAGAAGUUUGUGGUAGUGACAUCACCUAAAGGAGAUAGAAUUUGUGUAGAAGUGGUAGUGCAAGCACCUCCAACUACUACCAUGAACCAGAUGACUGAUGAGGUCAGAGAGGAGAACCAAGUGGUGGAUGACUUCCCUGAUGUGUUCCCUGAUGAAUUGCUAGAUGCACUUAGUAGGAAGAGCUAUGUCAAUGGACUUCAGCUGACAUUCAUUCCAGCUGAGUUGCGAGCAAAAAUAGAACACCUCAACAUAGGAUUUGUGAAUCAUACCAUGGGUCUAGAGAUAGAGCCAACAUUGGAGCAAGAGAUACAUAAGAGUCACUUGGAGGAUGAGAAAUUAAAAGAGAUAGCAGAUAAUGUUGCGCUGGGAAAGGCACCAGGCUUCAGGAUAGAUGAUGAUGGUACCAUAUGGUUUGGGAAAAGGAUCUGUGUGCUUGAAGUGAAGAUUAUCUGA